CGGUGACAAAGAUGAUGGUAUGUUGCUAACCCAAACCUUUGGUUUGACAAAGAUUUUACAAGGUUGGAAUGUGUGCCAGCAGGGUUUACUUAGUCCGCGUUUUGCAUCGUCUCGUUUGCAAGGAUCAUAGGAUGUACUAGAACUGUAAUUACCCUCUGAUAUCAGAUAACAAAAUCAUCUGCACCCAGCAACAUAAGCGUGAAGACAUCCAUGUGAACAGCUCACUAUAUCAGGAAGAACUAUGGAGGAUACAGGAAGUGAAACACUGAAACAGCAGUUUCAGCUAUUACAGGAACAGCAACAGAAAAAGUUACAGCGAAGGAAACAGCGACAGGAUCAAAAGGAAAAAUCCUCCGUCCAAAAGCCUGCAGCAGCACCAACAUUUGGUGUUGAAGACCAGUUAGAUUUAAAGCUUGCCGAUCCUGUGCCCAAAGGAAGUAGUUAUCUAUCUGAGGAGCUUGUCGAACAUUUAAACCAGCAAAUAAGAGAAUUGAAAGACGAGAAUGGUCGUGUCUACAAACUCCUUAGUGAAAAAGAUUUUGAAUUACGAGGCAUGAAAAAAAAGAGAGAGGAAGACAAAGCAGGAGCUACUGGUGUAACCAAUGAGACGGCUGCUACAAAAAUUGUGGAAUUGUCUAAAAAAGUACGAGAACUUACUUCAGAGAUGGAAGUAGAAAGGACAAAAAGUAAACAGCUGGCCAGGAAGUGUAUGGACCUUAAUAAUCAGAUUUCCAGUAUUCCACAAGAAGCAAGGUCCAUGAUAGGAUCAGCCGUCAGCCUGAGAACACAGUUAGAAGAAAAGUCUGAGGAUCAAGUUGACGUGAAAGCAAUCCAAGAUAAAUUAAAACAGACGGAAUCCAAAAUGGCAGAAUAUCGCAACCAGUGCUCGUCUUUAAAACAGGAAUUAAAAAUAGCGCAUAAAGUGCUGAGUCAGGAGGUUGGUGACAAUGUAAAUGUACAAAGUCUCCUAAACAGCAACAGCUCCUGGAGAGGAAGGUCACAACAGAUCCUGGCUCUACAGGGCAAGAUGGAAGACCUUCGCUCACAACUAGCUAGUAAGACCAAGCCUGAAGGAGACUUGGAGAAGGAGAUGAUGGGAAACAAUUCAUCACGACGACGCACUGCAGAUGACCGACACAGAGAACAGCUACGGAAGCUGGAGAAAGAGAGGAAGGAGUCACAAGAGAGACAGGUCAAUGAGCUAAAGGCUUUAGAGGAAGACCAUGAGGCUUUAAAGAAAAAACUAGAUGCUUCUAAGACAAGGAACAAGGUUUUAGCUAACGAGAUUAAGUCAAUCAAGGCACAGAUGCAGACUUGUAUACAGAAAGGUCAACAUGAUGAUGAAUUAAUUGAGGCUCUCAUGCGUCAGCAGACAAAGCUACAAAAGAUGUUGGAGGAAUCAGGUAUCAACCAGACGGCAAACAAUCAACAAGCAGAGGCCCAACUCAAACACAUGUCUAUGAAAGCCCAACAGGACAGUAACAUUGUACAUCAACUCAAGGCCAUAGUCACGGAGAAGGAGUCCAAAGUUCAUCAACUUGAAGACGAGAUCAGGCAGCUCAAACUCAAUCAUAUGCAAAAAGCUCAAGAAGAGGGUGUCAGUCAAUUGUUUCAUCAUGUGGAGAACCGCCCUCCUUCAUCUAUACCCAGCAGCCGUCCGAUGACCAGCGACAACAACAUAGAACUCGACUUCACAGUAUCCUCAGUUACUCCAACACAGUCAAGAUUAAGUGAGAGACCCCCAUCUGGUAUGAAGGACCGCCCUCUGUCAUCUGCUAUGGAUAGACCACCAACAUCUAACAGUACUUUAGACAGUUCCAGGGUGCCAUCGCGGAAGUCAGCUCGAACACCUACAAAUAACCAUGCCGACCGCCAGGCAAUUGCAGAUUUGACCUAUCAAUGCCAAGAAUACCACACAGUGAUGCAAGCCUCGGAAGUGGAAAGAGAUCGCUUGUCAGAACUGGUCAAAGUCGUACAGAAUAGAAUGAAUGAACAGACAGAGAAAUUGACAGACCUACAAAAUGAACUUGUACAACAGAGACGAAGAAAUGCUCUUCUUGAGAAACAGAUCGGCAAAAAUAAAGUGGAACAGCAGAAUCUCAUCAAUAAAUCAAGUAGUGCUGUCCCCCGAGCAAGGAAGCAGACAUCCGGCCGUGCCAGUAGUCAGUCAUUGAUGUCUGCCAAUCCCUUAUCCACGAGCAUGCUGGGAAAGGAUAUGAUGGGUAUGAUGGAGGAAGAGGAUAUUGAUACGAUGAAUGUAGAGGAGAUCAGGACAAAUUUGGAGAUCCAGCGAGAUGAAAACGAGGCUCUAAAGACCGCCCUGCAGAGUACGCUAAAGGCAAAGGAGGAGGACCUCCAGACUUACUAUAAUAUAAUGGAGGAGACCAAGAAAGUCUUCCUUCAGGCCCUCAGGCAAUAUAAACAGAAUGUUGUUGGCACAUGACCCAAGGUCACAGAGGGUGGAGUUCAAAGGUCACAGUGCAAAGUAGUUGCUAGGUAUUUCCUGUGAGAAAAUUUCAUGACAUACCGUUUCUUGCUUCAUCUGGUUUCUUUCACUGAAGAAAUUUCUGAUAUGUCUCUAAAACCAUAGUGCAGAAUUCAAAGAAAAUUUUACACAAGUUUUUAUGACUACAAGGCAGAGUGCAAGCAAGCUUUUGUGUUUCGUUUGGAAACCAAAUGGAGCCAUCUGAUUGGUUGAAAUUUAAGUAUUUUGAUUGUCCUAUUUCAUUCAAAAUUGGUAUGAAGGUGUAUUAUUAUGACACUUUGAAUAUUAGUUUUGAUUUGAUAUGUAGGUGCAAUUUGACAUUACAGACAAUUGUGUGUUUUUUUGUAAACUUUGGUGAUUGAACAAAAUGGCCCCUAUGGAAUUAAGCUAUAAUCAUAUUAUUGGUCAAAAUUUAAUUAUGGUUGUAUUUCAUUCAAAUCUGUUACUGUAUUUGGGAGUAUUUUAACACUGCACAGGGCCACAAACAAUUUUUGUUUGUUUGUUGCUUGAACAAAAGUGGUUUCUGAUUUUUUUGAAAAUGAAAUUUUGGUUUGUUGGUAUCUUUGACAUUUUAAACAGUAAUGCAAUUUCCUUUUGCUAACAGAAUAACAUUGCUGCUGUGGAGUGGCUUGAGGGGGUAAUUAUUAAGAUAAUGUGAGAUAUUAAAAUUUUCUAGUAUGGUAUGUACAUGUAGGUGUAUUUUGACACUACAGACACUGGUGUGAUUUCAUUUAGUACCAUUGCGACUGCAUUGUAGGGACAUUGGGACGUAGUUACCAUCCAUAUUGUAGGGACAUUGGGACAUAAGUUACCAUCCAUAUUGUAGGGAUAUUGGGACAUAAGUUACCAUCCAUGUUGUAGGGACAUUGGGACAUAAGUUACUAUCCAUAUUGUAGGGACAUUGGGACAUAAGUUACCAUCCAUAUUGUAGGGAUAUUGGGACAUAAGUUACCAUCCAUGUUGUAGGGACAUUGGGACAUAAGUUACCAUCCAUGUUGUAGGGACAUUGGGACAUAAGUUAUCCAUAUUGUAGGGACAUUGGGACAUAAGUUACCAUCCAUGUUGUAGGGACAUUGGGACAUUAGUUACCGUCUGUAUUGUAGGGACAUUGGGACAUUAGUUACCGUCCAUGUUGUAGGGACAUUGGGACAUUAGUUACCGUCUGUAUUGUAGGGACAUUGGGACAUUAGUUACCGUCUGUAUUGUAGGGACAUUGGGACAUUAGUUACCGUCCAUAUUGUAGGGACAUUGGGACAUAUGUUACUAUCCAUAUUGUAGGGACAUUGGGACAUUAGUUACCGUCCGUAUUGUAGGGACAUUGGGACAAAAGUUACCAUCCAUGUUGCAAUUAAUACUUGUUAUAAUGUUGUUGUUGUUUUUUUUCUUUCUUUAUUUUGAUAUUAAUAAUUCUUUAAAUUUGUAAAUAUCCAUCAUGGCCAGAUAUGUGAAUUUUCUGACAAAAAGUUUACAGAUCUCUUUUUUUUUUUUUUUUUGAAUGUCAUGUAAAUUAAUUUUUUUUCUGACCGAGAAAUUUAGUUUGGAUGAGACUAAUGAGAGCAGGGUCAUGGUUAGCAUAAUUGAUUUGCCAUUACCAAUAUGUUAUAGGAAUAACUGUAAGUUGUUCUACAAAAUCACAAGCAUGUCUGGUAAUGUCACAAAUUAUGUCGUAAAUAAUUGCUAGAUUUCAGAAAUUCUUCAUUAAAACAUAGAUAAUGCACAUGCUCUAUAUUGAAGGAAAUGUUACAGUAAUUUUAUAAAUUUAGCGUGUGAGAAACGAAAAACAAAUUGUGUAUUUGGAAUUUAUUCUGUAAAAUUGCCUACAUUGGUACAAAAUGUGUUUGUCAAUCAUUAAUGAUCAGAAAAAAUUCCUCCUGUUCUGGUUUUAAUUUAUUCUGUAAGUUUGACAUUCCUGUUGGUUGUCAGUAGUUUGACAUUCCUGUUGGUUGACAGUAGUUUGACAUUCCUGUUGGUUGACAGUAUAUGAUGUAAAUGAUGUAACAUUCAUGACUAUAUUGUAUUGAAUUCAGGGAAGUUAUCUAAAAUUUCUGGACUUGUAAUUUGAAAUGAAAAUCAAAUCUAAUGAAAUCACAAGUCUCUCUAUAUCUGUGAUUUGUUACAUAGUUAAGGCUAUAUGCUACCUAGCACAUAAUAGAUGUGAUGUAUGUGUUUGAGUUACGGCUAUAUGCUACCUAACACAUAUAAAUAGAUGUGCUGCUGCGAUGUGUUGGAGUUAAGGCUAUAUGCUACCUAACACAUAAUAAAUUGUGAUGUAUGUGUUUGAGUAAGGCUAUAUGAUACCUAACACAUUUUACCUGUGAUGUGUUGGAGUUAAGGCUAUAUGCUACCUAUAUAACAUUAUAUAUGUGUGAUGUAAAUUUGAGUUAAGGUUAUGUGAUACCUAACACAUUAUACCGGGUACCUGUGAUGUGUUGGAGUUAAGGCUAUAUGCUACCUAACAUUAUAUAUGUGUGAUGUAAGUUUGAGUUAAGGUUAUGUGAUACCUAACACAUUAUACCUGUGAUGUGUUGGAGUUAAGGCUAUAUGCUACCUAACAUUAUAUAUGUGUGAUGUAUGUUUGAGUUAAGGGUGUAUGCUACAGCUACAUAGCACUUUAUAUGUGUGAUGUGUAAGUUUGAGUUAAGGUUAUAUGAUACCCACCACAUUAUAUCUGAGAUGUGUUUUUGAGUUAAGGGUGUAUGCUACCUAACACACCAUAGAUGUGAUGUGAUGUGUUAGAGUUAAGUUAUUCUUAUAUAAUGUAGAAGUCUUCAAGUUAUAUUUAUAUAUCACAAUAAGGUAGCAUAUAGUCUUAAGUGGAAUUAAUAUUGAAUGAAUGAAGAUUGGUUUCUUCCCAGUAUAUUCUUAAAAUGAUGUGAAACUGAACAUUCCACAUGAAAUGACAGAACAGUUUUUACCACUACACAAUGUGAUUAGAAUAUUCUAUGUUUUAUGAUUUAAUAUUAUGUAACCGGUAAUCAUUAUAAACAAGAUACCUCUAUGAUUUGAUGCAUAAAAACUUAAGGAUAUUUGAUUGACACCUUGUACAGAGGUAUAACGGGUGACGAAAAUGCGCAAUAAUGACGCAGUAUUAGAGAAAAUGGUAAAAAAGUGAGUUUAUAUUAAACUUAUUUAGGGAAUGUGAUUUAAAUUUGAGGGAACAUUAUAUGAAAGUUAGUGCCACAUAUUAUGUUAAUUUGAUUACAACUUAUCUCUAAAUUAUGACUUAAUAUGUGUUAUAAACCUCUAUAGCCAA